AUGGCGGCUGGGACACUGCCAUCUCAGACGACGUACCGGCUGCUGAUGUGGAGACUCCACUACGAAUUACGGGCUGCUUCACCUCGUAACACCUCUGCUGGGGACGAGCUGCUGCGGCUGGUGGUGGCGGCGCUCCGGUGGGGCGGCCUGUGGCGUCCUGCGGGCGCCGGGGCGUCGUACCGGCUGUACCAGGCCGUGGUGGCGGCCGUGGGCCCCCUGCUGGUGGCCGGAGUGCUGCUCAGCGCGGACCACGUGGCGCGGCGGUCGGGGGCGGAGGGGCAGGCCGGGGGCAGCGCGCUCGCCCUGCACACCUACUACUGCACCGUGCUGCUCUCCAACACCACCAAGAUCACCGUGUUCGCCUGCUGCCGCGCCAGGCUCGGGCAGGCACUCACCACUCUGGCCCGCGGUCCCAGGCCAGAGCGUAACAAGAAGAUGGAAGCAACUUCACUACGCAAGGCGAGGUGGAUGUUCGCGCUGCCUCAGGCGAUGGUGAUGUUCGCCGUCGCUACGCACUCGGUGGUGCCGCUCUUGGGACAUGAAGAUGAUGGUGCGACCAUCUGUGCUUCACCGCAGACUGAGGACGAUGUCAGCAUUGCUGGCGGUUGCUUCUCUGGGCGCUUUCCGCUGGAGCUGUGGUACCCCACUGCUGUGCACACCGCGCCAUUGUACCACGUUGUCUACGUACUGCAACUGGUGGCCAUCUACUACACGUGCCACACGGCGAUUAAUGUCGAUUUGUUUUUCUUUGCCGUUACCAACCACGCCAGCUCCCAGCUCGAGGAGCUCAACAAUGCUCUCUGUCAGAUGGGUUCGCGACGUCCUGUUCGCAGUUCCCCUUGUCUACAAAAUCGACGACGAGGCAGUACUGAAAGUGAGCACUCGUCGUAUGGCAACCAAGUGAAUGGUCCUUUGUGGGACACGAAUGAAGAGAGUCUAGCGCUGGUCGAGCGGCAAAGGGCGAUGUACCAGGAUUUAAUUCGUCUCGUAAUGCAGCACCAGAAAAUCAUGCGGUAA